AUGGAGGUUGUUGAGAGGAAACGAUCCAGAGGAGGGUUUCUAAAUCUGUUUGAUUGGCCUGGAAAGUCCCGGAAGAAGCUCUUCUCAUCCAGCAGCUCGGAAUUCUCAGAAGAACCAAAGCAGACAAAACAGAAUACUCAAAACCACCAGAAGUCCAGGCUUUCUCCAUUUGAGGCUGAUGAGAUUGGGAAUAAUUCGAGUUACAAUCCGAGAAGUGAAUCCAGCUGUUGUGCAUCUUCUGUAACCAGUGAUGAUGGGCAGGGGACGAGAGCCCCAAGUGUGGUCGCGAGGCUCAUGGGUUUAGAGUCUCUACCGGUACCAAACGUCCAGGAGCCUCGGUUUAAUCCCGAUCUUGAUCCAUUCUUCCUCAGAUCUUCACGGAACACAAGCAAAUGGAAUGCAUAUGAGAAUCUUGGCUAUGUAAAUCUCCGUAGUGACUAUGAUGGAAUUUCCUGGGAACAUUUGGAAUCAAGAACGAACGAGGGGCGCAACAGACCGAUUGAGCGGUUUCAGUCUGAAACGUUUCCUCCGAGGUCGGCUAAACCGAUCAGUGUUACCAACAACAGACUCUUGUCUCCUAUCCGGAGUCCUGGGUUUGUCCCAUCCAGGAACCCUAUUUAUGUAAUGGAAGCGGCUUCAAGAAUGAUUGAACCAAGUCCUAGGAUUGUUGCUAGAACAAGGUUCUCUCAAUCUGAUUCUCCUUCAUCAGUUCCUAUGAGGAUUCGAGAUUUAAGAGAGAAACUAGAAGCUGCACAGAAAGUGUCAAGCCGUCAAAUCUCCAAUGAGACCUACCCAAGUAGAAAGCAGAACGAGAAGAGAACCUCAACAUCAGUCACGGCACCGUCCACUAGCAAGCUCAUUGGAAAAAGGAGUUCUGAUGGUUUGAAGAGUAAAGUGAAGCCACCUUAUGUAUCUGCACAAGCAAAGGCCAGCACAACGCCCUUAAGUGUCAAUAGAAACAACUCUGCAAGCCAAAAGGAGAAAGCAGAUGCUAAAAAGUCCAUAGUCAAAAGCCAGAAUGGUCUGAGAGGACCUUUUAUUAGCACGGGAAAGAAGCAGAACUGCAGAGACAACCAACCUGUAAUGACCUCUGUUUCAAACCACAAGAGCAGCAAAGUUAUUAACAAAGUUGUAAACAAGGUUCCAGUGGAAAGUGGAUUGCUAUCAAAGCAGUUGGGUUUAACAACGGCGUCAGGGGGAAAGAAUACUUCAUUAUCAUUGUCCCGCAAGAAGACUCUUCCCCGGAGCAAAAAGCCCCAAAAUGGGAUGCAAGAAUCUGGAAUCUCCGAUGAUAAACGGAUCAAAAGGGGUGAAAAUUUGAUCAAAUGUAACAUUACCAUUGAUGGUGGCUUGAACUCAAAGAAAGAUGAUCGGAAAAAGGAAAUGGAUGUGAUUUCAUUCACGUUCUCUUCCCCCAUCAAAGGUUUAUCAUUUGAUUCACUAUCCUCAACUCGAGGAAUUGAUCAAGACACAGACUCUACAGUUAGUUUCAAUAUGAUUGGCGGCGAUUCUUUAAAUGUUCUGUUGGAGAAAAAGCUCAGGGAGCUGACUUCUAAGCUUGAGUCUUCUAGCUGUAGCCUGACCCAAGAAGAGUCUUCACGUUUCAGCGCAAAGGAUGGGGUGAAUGGGAUGAUCUCAUCUUCAUCAGAGUACGAAAAGUCGACCCAAAACCGUCUGGAUAAAGUUUUAUCAGAGAGUGACUCUGUUUCUGACUGCACUUCCUUCUAUUACAAACAAAAAUUCCAGAUGAUACAGGCAGAAGAGCACGAAGUCAGCAGCAUUAGUACUGUGACAGAAGCAGAUGAUCUUAGAAGCUCCUGCAGCAAGGGUUUCUCAGAUUGCAGACAAACCGCAGAAUAUGGGAUUAAACAGUCCUCAUCAGAUCAAGAAUUCCCCUGGGUUUUAUCAAAUGAGUCGCACCAAGCACAAGACGAGUCCGAGCUCUCGGAAUCUGUGAUAACACUGACUUACUCAGAAGCCGAAGAAAGGCUUGACUGGGAGCUUGAGUACAUAUCUGAGAUCCUCAGUUCUGACCAACUGAUGGUGAAAGAAUUCGCUUUGGGAAUGGCGACUGACAUACUACCUGCAAGCCUCUUUGAUGAAUUGGAAGGCCGGGGAGAAGCAACAGCAGCCAAACUCAAGAGAAAGACACUGUUUGAUUUUGUCAAUCAGAGCUUAGGGGUCAAAUGCGAGCAGAUGUUUAUGGGAAGCUGCAGAGGGCUAUCGGCGAAAAGCGGGAUUUUUGAACAGAGGGAUUGGUUAGCAGAAGAACUGAACAGAGAGAUUCAUGGGUUGAAGAAGAUGAGAGAGAUGAUGAUGGACGAGCUUGUUGACAACUACAUGAGCAGUUCCGAAGGGAGAUGGCUUGAUUUCGAAAGAGAGACGUAUGAAGAAGGCAUUGACAUUGAGGGAGAAAUAGUCUCUACGUUGGUUGAUGAUUUAGUUAAUGAUCUUGUCUCGGUGUGUUCAAAGGGAUAG